AACUUUCUUCCUCUUAAGUAAAAAUGAUGCAAUACCGUCUUGUAUCCUUCUAUGUGACCUGCUCUCGAAAUGGUUUACAGACACAGAAACAUGUUCCUGCUUGUUAUGAUUCUCUCCGUUUGUGGAUUUACUGUGGCAGAAGAAAGACACCUGCUUUGCAGUUCAGACGACGUAGACAUUUUAUAUUCCAACUGCAGUAGAGGCCUUCCAACAAAAGACUUCUCCUUUACAGUAGAGCCGUGUUCACUAAAGGGUAAUAGAAAAUGGCGGGGAACUCUUUUCUGGAUUCCAAGGGCUGAUUUAACCAUUUUGAGAGCACAUGUAAACAUAUGGUCUAAAGGGUUUGAAGCCGUAAAAUGGAAAGGUACCCUUUGCGAAGGUGUGGAUGAUGGCUAUACAUUUUGUGGAGCUCUGAAGGGAGAGACAAUAAACACAACUGUGAGAAUCAGUGGUAACGAGCCAACAUAUGAAGAGGGAGAAUACACAAUUGUUGUAAAAGCAUUCGCUGGUCAUCACAAGGAGCUGAUAGCUUGCCUGAAUUACACUAUCAUCAUUAAACAGCCACUUUCAAACUAAAGAAGUUCUUCUCAACCAUUUCACAGCACAAGAGCUAUUUUCCAGAGAGCAGUGGAAUCAAAUCUAGUCACAGAAAUAAUCAGCUGAAAGGUUCUGGUUUUCCAGGACUGUUGUCUGAAAAAUUAGAAGAUGAAAGCAAAUGUUCAUUUCUAUCACUGCUGUUGCUAAAGGCUGGUUCUGUGUGUGUGACAUUUACACAUAUGCACACACACCAUAUGAGUACACACAUCUGUGUACUCCUUGAGCAGCAACUGGUUGCUUUCAUAAUUUACUGAACAUUUUUGGUAUGUGAUGAAAAGUACUGCCGUGACUGCC